GCAGCCGAAUCGACUGCAUUAUCAGAUGAAAGUGUAAAAGUUGCACUAUCAUCAGCUGCAGGCAAAGUAAAAGAUGCACUUUCAUCUGCUGCUGGAAGAGUAAAGGAUGCACUUUCAUCUGCUGCUGGCAGAGUAAAGGACGCACUUUCAUCUGUUGCAGGCAGAGUAAAGGAUGCACUUUCAUCUGCUGCAGGCAGAGUAAAAGAUGCACUUUCAUCUACUGCUGGUAAGGAAAAUGAUGCACUUUCAUCUGUUGCAGGCAGAGUAAAGGAUGCACUUUCAUCUGCUGCAGGCAGAGUAAAAGAAGCACUUUCAUCUGCAGCUGGUAAGGUAAAAGAG